AUGUUAAUCCAGUUAGUCGUUACCGUUCUGCACUUGGGAUAUCAUGAAAUUAAAGGCUUCAUUUUGGCAGAAAUCACUACAGGGCCUCAGACGUGUAAGCUUCGGUGGAAAUGGUUCAGAAGUAUAAGCAGUGGUGAAAAAUGUUUACUUAAGAAUUUGGGUCAGCAGCAUUCUGCCCAGAAAUGUGUUUCUACUGAUAACCAAUAUUGGGAUUUGAUGAGUGGUGCUUUUGCAUCUAGUGGCAUACGGGUAGCUUUUUCCUACUGUGUACAACAAGUAUGGAAUUAUGACUACCAUCACUACCUCUGCCUUCUUGAACUUCCUGCAAACAUGCGGAAGGCUACAUUUGCUCUUCGUGCUUUUAAUGUUGAGACUGCUAGAGCCAUGGAUGUUGCUUCUCACCCCAAAAUUGGCCUUAUGCGCUGCUCUAGUGGCAAGAAGCCAUAG